CUCCACAACCCCGCGACCUGCCGCAGCCGCCGCAGCAUGGCGCCGCCCCUCUGGGCACAGCAUGCUCUCUCUGCGCCCCCACAGGCCUCUGCCAGCUCACACGCCAGCAGCAGCAGCGGCUGGCAGGCCUUCGAGCCGCUGCUCCCCGCCUCUUCCUCCGCCGCGCCUCUCUCUCGACCCGCACAGCGCUCUCGGCCGCGCUCCUUUCGUCUGACCUCGCCCGCCGUCGAUGCGGCCAGCACGCGUCUCUCGCCCGCCGAUGUCGUCACGCUGGUGCGUGCACUGCGGCUGGCGCAUCUCGAGCCUGGGCCCGUCCCUGCUGCCGCUCCAAGCGCAGCCGAUGCCGUCUACGAGCCAGGUGCUGCAGCGACAACGGCAACAGCCACGGCGGAGGCGCUCUUCAUCGAGCUCGCGACCUGCAUGUUGCCCUCGCAUAGCGCCGCCUGGCUGCUCGACGUCGUUCGACAGUCCUCCUGGGCGCCUGCGUCUUCGCACAGCAGCGCCAACGAGCUCCUCAUUCCAGCACACGCGACGCUCUCUUCGCUUCCAGUCCGCCCGCGCACUAGCGAGACGGGCAAGCGCGAACGCAAGCCGGCCGCACCGCCGGGCCUGGCGCCGGCAUUGGCGCCUGUGCCCGUGCGCAUGCGACGCCCGUACGGCAGUGGCAGAAGCAGCGGCGGCAUGGCAGUAGAAGGCAAGCAAAGCUCAGAAGAAGCGGAAGUCGAGCGUGCCCUCUUGGCCUCUGCCGAUACGUCGACGGGCGGAACGCAGCAGCCCGAACGAGCAGCCGAGCGAGAGAAGCGUCGGCGUGCCUCUGGGCGUCGACCAGCUGGCCCCCGUCCGCAGCCGCCUGUCGCACCAGCAGAUGGACAGCCCUCGACGGAGUACGAAGCUGCAUUGCGCGUCUAUGAGAGCGCGAUGGAGACUUGGACACGGCGCAAGGCGCGAGAAGAGAGGAGAGCGAAGCGGAAGGAGGAGCGGAGGCGGAGGGAAGAGAGGGAGGAACACGCGCUGAGGCUCCAGAAGCAGGCGCCCGACGACGACGAGGACGAGUGGCAGGACAUCUCGUCUACCUCCACUGCCCAGCCACAUGCCUCCACCUCGCAUACCGAGGCUCCGCCGCUGCGUGCGUCGCAGAAGCCAUUCAACGUCUACAAUGCGCUUCCGGCACACAUCAAGGCCAGACUGCCGAAGCGCGGGCGCGGAAGACCGUCGAAUGAGCAGCGCAGAGUGUGGGAGGAGGAGCUGUUCAAGUACAUGACGGAACAGGGAGAGGAGGUCAAGGGAGAAGGCUUUGCAAUGUCUGGCGAGAGAGAACGAGCGCUCAACGCGACCUCGACACACGAACGGCGGCGCGACGAGGUGCAAUCGGGCCACGACUCCUCAAUGCUGCAGGUAGCGAACAGCUCUUCGCGCGCCCACAGCUGGACGUCGGCUUCCCGCACUUCCGAAGAGGUCGUCUCGGGCCCGGAGUCGGGCUUAGGCUCGGGCUAUGGCUCGGGCUACGGCACGCCCUUGGGCGUCGCCGGCGCCGCCGACUUCGACGCGAUGCCGCGGCCACCGCCUUUCGCGUCAGGGCAUCUGCAAGAGCCGUGGCAGCAUCAUACGAGCGCAAGGAGCGAGAGCACACCUGCGAGCUUCGCCAGUGCACACUCCGGGUCUAUCGAGCCUGCGUUGGAUCCUAGUCUGGAGGACGCACCGACGUCCCAGGUGGAGGAGGCGUCACUGAGCGCCGCCGCGGCGUCCGCGGCCUUGACGCCGGGCCAAAUGAGUGCGCCAGCACCAGCCGCGGCGGACGUGCACCUUCAUCAGCAACCACUACAGCAGGAGGAGCCGCAGAUCUACAACUUCGCGGCCAUGGCAUCGUCUCCGCGAGCUGCUGCGUCCGCUGUCUACUCUUCAGUCGAGCAGCCGCCGGCACACUUCUUUGCCGACUCCACGUGGCGCGCGACGACGCCCGAUGCGCCGAUGCCUGCGCCUCUUCCUCCGCUCGGUGGAGGCUGGACUUCGUCGCCAAUGCGAGCCGUCACGCCCGAGCCUCCAGCGCCGUGGCUCUCUCCCGAGUACGCCGCACCGCAGCCGCGCUUCACGCCGCUGCGUCCUCGACCCGCACCGCCCGUCUUCGCACCCGCGUCUGCGGCUAGCUUCGGCUCGCCUCGCGUCAGGAGCAGGAGCAGCAAUAGCAACAGCAGCGGCAGCGGCAGCGCGCUCACUACGGCACAGUGGCUUGCUAGAGCGACGCAGAUGGCACAAGAGAGCGAGAUGCCUUACAUCCACGCCGUCGAUGACCAGCGCAUGGCUGCGUCGAAGGCCCUGGCCGGCCCCUCCUCCCCGCGAGCACAUCAGCGCUGGUCGGGCGCGCAGGAGCCGCCGGCGAAGCGUGCGAAGGGACGGCCUCCCAAGCAGCAUUCUCUCGACGAGACAGAGGCGAAAGAGACGGCCUCGCGGCUGCCGCUCCUCCCGAAUGCGCGAGACGGCGUGGCAUCGCAGGCCGGCACCUCGAGCGGCACGUCUGCCAGACGACCUGGACGGCCAUCGGGCAGCCGCAAGCCUGCCGCAGCUGCUCCAGCCGUGCCUCUGCGCGAAGUGACGACGCGCAGUCGACGUGGCGGCCCGGCGCCGAAGAUGCCGCUGCCUACCUUCUGGCUCACGCCGGCGCAGCGUGCCGAGAAGGCGCGCCAGCGGCGCAUGGCUGCGCUCGCGCAGGUGGCGGAACAGCCGGUUGGCGAGACAGCGGAGGGAAGCGAGAGAGAGAAGAGCCCGUCCAUGCAGGAGAUGCUGGCGAGCUUUGCGGAGGAGAUCAAUGCUGAAUAGCGACGUGGCAAUGCAUUCAUACCCAG